AUGGUCAAGUGGCCUAAAACUGUGGCAGGUGUAACCGCUUACCAUUCAUGUUUUCAGCAUUCCUUAAGAUCAGCCUCCUUUCUGAAUGGGGAAGAAAAGCUAAAAGCAUGGCGUAAUUGUAACCGCACAGGUUGGUGGGAUGAAGAAAACUAUUCCCAAUGUCCUUAUUCACAGGAAGUGACUCAAAUCCUUCAUGCUUUCAGUCAGAGGCAUCUAAAUGCUACCAAUGCACUGGAAUUUUCCCAUCAGCUAGCAGCUUUCACAAGAGACGCCGCCAAAUUUGCAGAUAAGGAGGAUGUAAUCUAUUUAGCUUAUAUGUUGGAAAAGCUAAUUCUACAUAUGGAAGAGAUCAAAGACCAGCUCGCAGAUGCUGUCAUAGAGAUUGCCAGCAAUAUAAUGCUGGUAGAUGACCAUGUAUUAUGGAUGGCACAAAAGGACAAGAAAGCAUGUGCAAGAAUUGUGCAGUGUGUAGCACGCAUUUCAAAUCAAACUCUGAGCAGCAAUGCACAGCUUGUAUCAAAGGUUUCUCUUAACAUUGCUCUGGAAGCCUUUUGGAUCAAGCCAUCCGUUUUCGUGGGCAUGACUUGUAUUGCUUUCCAAAAACUACCCGCUAAUCCAGGGAGGUUGAGGUUGAAUUCUGACACAAAGAGCAGAGAAACAGACCAAUCCUUGAAUUUUAAGUGCAACCCUGGAAAUCAAAAUGCCUCUUUGGUGAAUUUCUCUUCCAUGGUGAAUGCUGUGGCGAUAGCUUCCGUUCAUCUGCCACACUCUGCCUUCCCUUCAUCUGCAGCCUGGCAAUCUGUUGAUAACUCCUCUUGCAAGCUACAGUUUAUCGCUUUUCGGAAUGGAAAACUCUUUCCCAGCACCGCAAACUCGUCUCACCUUGCAGGCUACGGGAAGCAGAGGGUCAUUGGCACGCCCGUAGUCUUCGUUAAAAUAGAUGGGUGCAAUUUCGGAAACCUCACCAGUCCUCUUAUUAUAACGCUGAAGCACUUUACCCAGGGCAUAAACCCCAUUGCGGUCUUUUGGGCUUUUGACCUUCUGGAUGGACAUGGAGGCUGGUGGGGAGAAGGGUGCCACAUAAUUAGCUCUGCAGACAAUAUUACCACUCUUCAUAGUACUCACUUCGGUAACUUUGCAGUGCUAAUGGUGAGUAUAUAACUUCACGUAUGUGUCUGUGUGUGAAUCUGCUUGCCUGCCUUU